AUGGAGGAGAAUGCGGUGGAGAGCAGCAGCGACGCGGCCCCGCAGGAGGCCCGGGAGGAGCCCUCCGAGAGCGGCCUGGGCGUCGGGACCUCGGAGGCUGUGUCGGCAGACAGCAGCGAUGCCGCCUCGGCCCCCGGACCCCUCUCCCGUGCCGAUGAGUCCGCCGUGGGCCAGAGCUCCGACAGCAGCGGGGUCUCAUUGGAAGAGGUGUCAGAGAGCAGCUCCAGCACAGAUGCCAUUCCCCGAGUUUACCUGCCAGAUUCAUCCUCCAUUGCACAGUCCACCUUAGUUUCCAGUGUCUCCACUGUGAGCCAGUCCAUCAUGGUGUCAGAGUCUCCACAAGUCCUUGUCCACUCCAGCGUCAUCACAGACGGUGCCACAAUUGUGUCAGACUCCACUGCCUCCACUUCCUCGGACCUGGGCUCUGCCAUUGACAAAAUCAUUGAGUCCACCAUCGGCCCUGACAUCAUCCAGAGCUGCAUCGCUGUGACCAGCGCAGAGGAUGGUGGGGCAGAGACUACCCAGUACCUCAUUCUGCAGGGCCCUGAUGAUGGUGCCCCCUUAGUGUCCCAGAUGGCCACUUCUGCUCUGGCCAACAGCUUGGCAAUUGAAGCUGUUGCUGAUGGACCUACUUCCACAUGCCUUGAUCAGCCUGGCCCUUCAGACCCUGCUGAGCAGCUGGAGGUGCUGGAGCUGCCCACGCAGCCAGAUCAGGCCCAAGAAGCAGAUGGCGGGGAGGAGCUGGACCAGCCAGACAUGGAGACCCUGGAGGAGAUGAUGGAGGUGGUGGUGGUGCAGCAGUUCAAGUGCAAGAUGUGCCAGUACAAGAGUGUCUCCAAGAAGACUCUGAUUAAUCACAUGAAGGAACGGCACUUCCAGCCAGUGGGUUCAGCACUGGCUUUGAAGAAAGGACGUCCAUGGAAGGGGGGAGCAGCUCCAAAGAGCACAGAGCAGGAAGCCCCUGAAGAAGAAGAGGAUGAUGAUAUCAUGGAUGCUGGUGCUAUUGAUGACCCCAAAGAGGACAGUGACUAUAACCCAGCUGAGGAUGAGCCUCGUGGGCGCCAGCCCAAGUACAGCCGCAGCAUCCCCACGUCCAGCGAGGAGAGGCCACGUCGGCGCCCAGGGAGGCCCCGCAAGUUUCCUCGUCUGGAGGACAUGCCCCAGGACAUGCCUGAGGGAGCAGAGGUGGAGCCCCUGGUGACCUCCCAGAGCACAUCGAGCCGCGAGCUGCAGACCUCGGAGGCAGCCAGUUCUUCUGGGCUGGAGAACGGCACCAGCGAGAGCCUGGCAGAGCCCAGCAUCAGCCAGUCCGACUUGGAGAAUAAGGACCCUUCCUCCAAUGCCAGUCUGGAGGAGGCUGAUGUCCUCCCCCGGAGGAGAGGGCGACCCUCCCGACGCUUCCUGGGCAAGAAAUACCGCAAGUACAUGGGGCGCAGGUACUACUACAAGUCCCCCAAGCCCCUGAUGAGGCCCUACCUGUGCCGGAUCUGUGGCUCACGCUUCCUGACGCACGAGGACCUGCGCUUCCACGUCAGCUCGCACGAGGCCAACGACCCUCAGCUCUUUAAGUGUCUGCAGUGCAGCUACCGCUCCCGUCGCUGGUCCUCCCUCAAGGAGCACAUGUUCAACCACGUGGGCAGCAAGCCCUACAAGUGUGAGGAGUGUAGUUACACCAGCGUGUACAAGAAGGAUGUCAUCCGGCACUCCACGGUGCACAACCGCGACAGGAAAAAGAGAGCAGAUCCGCCCCCAAAGAUGAACUCUUUCCCAUGCCCUGUCUGCAACCGCAUCUACCCCAUGCAGAAGAGGCUGACCCAGCACAUGAAAACACACAGCACUGAGAAGCCACACAUGUGUGACAAGUGUGGGAAGUCCUUCAAGAAACGCUACACCUUCAAGAUGCACCUCCUGACGCACAUCCAGGCCAUCGCCAACCGCAGGUUCAAGUGCGAGUUCUGCGACUACGUGUGCGAGGACAAGAAGGUGCUGCUGAACCACCAGCUGUCACACAUGAACGACAAGCCCUACAAGUGCAGCUUCUGCAAGUACUCCACCUUCCGCGAGGACUUCCUGGUGUCACACAUGGCCGUCAAGCACACGGGAGGGAAGCCCUUCGCCUGUGAGUUCUGUCACUUCACCACCAAGCACAAGAAGAACCUGCGGCUGCACGUGCAGUGCCGCCACGCUGACUCCUUCGAGGAGUGGGCGCAGAGGCACCCCGAGGAGCCGCCCUGCCGCCGCCGCCCCUUCUUCACCCUGCAGCAGAUCGAGGAGCUGAAGCAGCAGCACAGCCAGGGACAGGCCCCCACUGAGCCAGAGCCUGGCCCACCACUUGCUCUCUAACACAGGCUCCUCUUGUCCCCUGUCACCUACCAGGCAGCCCAGGCUGUGCCGGGAGUAGAUGCCCCUGUCCUCUCACAGGACUCCCUGGGAGGGGCCACUAUAAUUUACGAGCAAGAUGUGGCCGGAUCGGCCGAGCUGGCCACGCAGACUGCCCUGGACCUCCUGCUGAACAUGAGCACGCAGCGAGAGCUGGCCACAGGCUCUCUACAGGUGGCUGUGGUGAAGCCAAAUGAUUCAGGAGAGGUGCAGGAAGCCUGUGAGCCACAAGCACAGGGGGAAGGGACAGAGGUGGACCUUGAGGAGCAGCAGCAGCAGAAGUUGGUGACGCUGCACAUGGCAGAGGCUGGGGAGACGCUGGUGCAGGAGGCUUACGAGGAGGCGGCGCUGGGUGGCUCAGAGCUGCAGCAGAUCACGAUCCCCUUCGGUGGGACAGCAGAGUACAGCAUCAUCACACCCAUCAGCGAGGAGAUGCCAGCUGCAGGCACCCUUUACAGUGAGGAGGAGAGCCCUGCGGAGACCUCCCAUGCAGUCGUGGUGAGCGAGGCGGUGAUGACAGAGGAGGUUCUGAAGGAGCACAGCGAUCAUUACAUCAUGUCCAGCACUGCGGGGAGCCAGUUCCAGCCGGUGGAGCCCCUCAGCGGGGACGCUGCCUUCCCCCCACCAGCAGAGGGCCCGGAGGCACAGCCCGCCAGCGUCAAGUGGCCCCUGGUGCAGUGUGUCACCAGGCAGCUCCAGAAGGACUCGUCUUUAUCCCCAGCCUCCGAGGGGCAGGAAGUCUCAUCCCCAAAGGUCAAGUGGCCUGUGCUGCAAGGCAUGGCCAAGAAGCUCUCCUGCAAGGUUUCCACAGCCAAGAAGCUUUCGUGCAAGAUUUCCACAGCCAAAAAGUUUUCAUGCAAGAUUUGCACAGCCAUGUUCACAGGGAGAGCAGAGAUGGAGAGUCACAAGAGAGCCCACAUUGGGCCCAGCACCUUCAAGUGUCCUGACUGCCCGUUCACUGCAGCCCUCUGGCCGGAGGUUCGGAGCCACAUGGUCCAGCAUGCCAGCCUCCGACCACACAAGUGCACCCACUGCAGCUUUGCCUCCAAGAACAAGAAGGACCUGCGCAGGCACAUGCUGACACACACCAAUGAGAAGCCCUUUGCCUGCCAGAUCUGUGGGCAGAGGUUCAACCGAAACGGGCACCUCAAGUUCCACAUGCAGCGUUUGCACAGCUCAGAGGGCACUCGGCCGGGGCCACCAGCAGCUGCUGCCCAGCAAACCAUCAUCCUGAACAGUGAUGAGGACACGCUGGCCACCCUGCAGACGGCGCUGCAGUCAGGCCAGGCAGUGCUGGCUCCCGAGCGGCUGCAGCAGGCCCUGGGACAGGAGCACAUCAUCGUGGCCCAGGAGCAGAGCGUCACCAGCCAGGAGGAGGCUGCAUACAUCCAGGAGAUCACGACGGCCGAUGGGCAGACAGUGCAGCACUUAGUGACCUCAGACAACCAGGUUCAAUACAUCAUUGCCCAGGACUCUGUACAGCACUUGCUUCCCCACGAGUACGUUGUUGUCCCAGAGGGACAUCACAUCCAGGUCCAGGAUGGGCAGAUCACUCACAUCCAGUAUGAGCAGGGCAGCCAGUUCCUCCAGGAGCCACAGAUCCAGUACAUGCCUGUCUCGCCAGAGCAGCAGCUUGUCACCCAGGCACAGCUGGAGGCAGCAGCACACUCUGCAGUCUCAGCAGUGGCCGACGCGGCAAUGGCACAGGCGCAGGGAGUGUUCACCGCCGAGGCCACAGCCGAGCAGCUGCAGCAGCUGCAGCAGGGCAUUCACUACGAUGUCAUCACCCUGGCAGAAUAGCGGCACCAGGCCCGGUGGGCACCGUGACGCCAUGCAGAGCGGGGUGGGCAUGCCGGGCAGGAGCUGCCUCAGCCAGCAGUUGCCUUAUUGCUUGGGGGUUCCGGGGGGUGCAGCUGGGUGUGCUGUGACGGGGACAUGCUGCCACUUGGCCACCCCGUGAGGGUCCUGCACAUCCCCCCCCCUGCCGCCAGUGCAGGCCACUGCCUCCAGCCAGGGUCUGAGGCUGGCAGUGCUUGCAGGCCUGGGCUCUGCCUACUGCACUUGAUGGUCUGAACCUCUUUUCCCUGAAUCAUGUUGGCGUAGGCCAUGCCUCGAGCAGUGCCUGCCUGGCACACAAGGGUGCAGCCAUGGGGCUGGCAGAGCUGGGGUGUGGUGGGAAGGGGGUGCUGUAGCCACGCUCCCUAUGACACAGCCAGGGAGUGUGAAGGCACCUGUCCCUCCCUUGGCAUCUCCUGCCUGCGGGCAGGCAGCAGUGGGGUGUGGCCUGGAGGAGCCUGCAGCGGGAGGAGGCAUGGGUGGAAAAUGUUCUAUUUUUGUUCUGAGGAGGGUUGGACGCUGGUGUUGGU